AUGGCUCAAUUAAAUUUAAUGCCGAACUUGCCACAAUUCGAUGCUUAUUCCGAGCCAUCGUCAAUCGCAACACGGUGGAAAGAAUGGCUCGAACAAUUCGAGAUUUUUACAAUUGCAGCUAAAGUUGAAGACAAGAAACAAAAGCGAGCGCUUCUUUUGCAUAUCAGCGGGCCAACUGUUCAGAAAGUGUUUAAAGGAUUGACGGAUACGGGAGACGACUACGAUACAGCUGCCGCAAAACUCAACGAAUAUUUUGCUCCGAAGAAACAUAUUCGAUAUGAACGAUACCAUUUUAAACAAGCAUGUCAACAAGACGGUGAGUCUAUUGAUCAAUUCGCUUCUCGACUUCGUAACCUGGCUGAAACGUGUGAGUUUGAGAAUAUUGAUGAUGUUAUUGCCGAUCAAAUUCUGGCUAAUUGUAGCUCUAAUAGACUGAAAGAAAAGAUUCUUCGUGAAGAAAAAGCGGAUUUGACCUUCAUCUUAAAGCAAGGUCGUAUUUUGGAAUGCUCAAAACAACAAGCAGCUCGUAUUGGUACCAACAGCCCUACAACUCCUGAGAUCAGUGCCAUUCAAGCAACACCUGCAAAUCGCCCGCUAACAAGUAAUGACCACCGACAACAGCCUAGAGGAUAUUGUAGAAAUUGUGGUGAAACAUGGCCCCAUGUUCCCUCCAAGCCGUGCCCAGCAUUUGGUAAAUCCUGCCGUUCCUGUGGAAAGCAAAAUCAUUUUGCUCGAGUCUGCCGCAGUCGGCCCCAAAAUCGCAACACCCAACGCCAAGGCCAGCAGCGUCCAAGACGUGAACAACUGAACCAAAUCUCUGAAGACAUCGUAUCUGAUGAUGAGGAGGGAUAUAUUUAUGCAACCAAUACUGACGGGGAACAUGCUAAUGUGAUCUCCAGGCCUCAGCUUCCCGUUGUCAUCAAUGGUGUUGAAAUUGUGAUGAUGAUCGAUUCGGGAGCAUCAGUGAACAUCCUCGACAAGGCAGCAUAUGAGCAAAUAGUUACGCAGAAUGAUCAUAUUCAGUUGCAAAAGACGUCGACACGAAUUUAUGCCUAUGGUGCAGCAGAACCUCUUGCCCUACUCGGAAAGUUUCAAGCCACUAUUGAAACCUUAUCAAGCAAAACCAAUGGUUCAUUUUACGUAGUUGAUGGCUUCCAUGGCUCCAUCCUUAGCCAUGACACUUCAGUCGCCUUGGGAUUAAUUUCAGUCCCACAUUCCAUCAACACAGUCAGUGCUCAAAAAUCCCUACCGCAGUUAUUGGAAGAAUACCAGGAUAUCUUCCAUGGAAUCGGCAAGCUCAAAGAUUUCCAAUUCCAAAUAUAUAUAGACCCAGAUGUAAAGCCUGUUGCCCAGCUGCCACGUCGUAUACCUUUUCAUAUCCGAAAGCAAGUAGAGCAAGAAAUCGAGAGCUUGGAACAGCAAGGCAUCAUUGAGGCGGUUGACGGCCCCACACCAUGGGUUUCACCUGUAGUGGCAGUCCCAAAAACCAGCAACCCCAAGGAAAUCCGUCUUUGUGUUGACCUCCGUCAACCAAACAAAGCUGUCCAACGCCAGCGCCAUCCCACACCUACCAUCGAGGAAGUCACAAACGAUUUGAAUGGGGCAAGUGUUUUUUCCAAACUCGACCUUCGUUCUGGAUACCAUCAAAUUGAGCUUACACCUGCCUCCCGGUACCUCACCACAUUUACCACGCAUAAGGGCCUCCGCCAAUAUACCCGUCUCCUUUUUGGUUUGGCCUCAGCCUCGGAAGUUUUCCAACAAGUUAUUCAACAGGCACUACAGGGAAUCCCAGGCGUGAAAAACAUUUCAGACGACAUUAUUGUGUUUGGGCGUACGCAAGAAGAACACGAUGCUGCUCUAGCCGAUACCUUUCAACGUCUGCGGGAAAAAGGUCUAACCCUCAACGGGUCCAAGUGUGUUUACAACAAGCAGAAUCUGGCUUUCUUUGGGUAUGUGUUUUCUGCAAAAGGCAUGUCUGCGGAUCCCAAGAAGAUUGCUGCUAUCUGUGAUGCCACCCCUCCCACGAAUCCGUCAGAAGUCCGAAGUUUCCUUGGGUUAACCGGAUUUUGUUCCCGUUUUAUUCCGAAUUACGCCACAUUGACGGAGCCGUUGAAACACUUGACCAGAAAAGGAGUGCGUUGGAACUGGGGGGUUCAGCAGAACAAGUCUUUUCUCGCUUUAAAAGAGUGUUUGACCAGCAACCGCACGAUGGCUUAUUUUGAUCCUAGCAAGCGCACGAUUGCCACGUUUGAUGCAAGCCCCUUCGGACUGGGUGCCGUGCUAACGCAAGUUGACGCAGACGGACAGGAACGCUCUGUUGCAUAUGCAAGUCGUACGCUUAGCGAUGUAGAACGACGAUACUCGCAGACCGAACGUGAAGCACUAGCCAUCGUUUGGGGUUGUGAGCGGUUUCAUUUAUACCUCUAUGGUUCUCAGUUUGAAAUCGUCACAGACCACAAGCCACUUGAAACCAUUUUUAACAAUCCCGCCUCUAACCCUCCAGCCCGCAUCCAACGCUGGGCUUUGAGACUUCAACCGUACACCUUCACCGUGAAAUACAGGCCCGGACCGCUGAACAUUGCUGAUUAUCUAUCACGCCAUCCUUCGCGUUCCCAGACAACGAGAGAGCGGAAGAUUGCUGAAGAGUAUGUGAAUUAUCUGGUCGGCCAUGCUAUACCCAAAGCUAUGACUCUAGAAGAAGUUAACAGUGCAUCAAAAGCUGACCCUAUUUUCCAACGCCUUCGUCAGGCAAUUACCACGGACGUUUGGCCAAACAAUGAUCCUGACCUUACCCCAUUCAACAAAGUCAAGUUCGAGCUCACUGUUGCAACGGAUUCCGACAUCAUCCUUCGGGGAACACGCGUAGUCCUCCCAAAAUGUCUUCAAUUGCGAGCAGUCAAACUUGCGCACGAGUCCCACCAAGGCAUUGUAAAAACAAAGCAGCUCCUUCGAGAAAAGGUAUGGUACCCUGGCAUUGACAAGGACGUCAAGACAGAGAUCGAUGAUUGCAUCCCAUGUCAAGCAACAAGCCAAAAUGUGACACCAGAACCCCUCCAAAUGACGACCUUACCAACGGCGCCGUGGAGCCAAGUUUCAACCGAUUUUUGUGGCCCUUUCCCAUCCGGUGACUACUUGCUAGUUGUCAUUGACGAUUACUCUCGGUAUCCGGAGGUGGAAGUUCUUCGAUCUACCUCCGCUGAAGCGACUAUUCCGAAGUUAGAUAGAAUCUUUGCUACGCAUGGGAUUCCGGAUGUUAUGAAGUCUGAUAACGGCCCCCCAUUUAGUGGUCACGAAUUCGCCAAGUAUGCUAAAGAGAAAGGUUUUCAACACCGUAGAAUUACACCACUAUGGCCAGCUGCUAACGGCGAAGCUGAACGUUUUAUGCGUACACUAAGCAAAGCCAUCAAAACAAGCUCAAUCGAAGGAAAGAAUUGGAAGAAAGAUCUACAACAGUUUCUCCUGCAGUACCGAGCUACGCCGCACUCGACUACCGGGAAGUCGCCGGCGGAGCUUUUGUUUGGUAGGAAAAUCAAAACUAAACUGCCUGCAGUGCUCGUGCCACCUCUCGAUGAUGCAGAAAUGCGUUCCAAAGACCGACAAGGGAAGAAGAAGAUGAAAACCUAUUCCGACCGUCGGAAUCACCACAAACCUAGCCGCGUUUGUGUAGGUGAUAUGGUAUUGAUAAAACAGAAGCGAAAGAAUAAGUUGUCCUCACGCUAUAAUCCUAAACCUGCACUUGUCACCAGGAAGAAAGGAACAUUAGUGACCGUACAGAAAACAGAUGGAUCAACACUAAGCAGAAAUUCCUCUCAUCUUAAGAAAGUUACAAAACGGGCAGCAGAGCAGUGGGCAAACAUUCCUAACGACAGUGGAGAGGAUGAUGAUGAUGAUGACGAUGGGAGCAACGAGAACAAUGUAGAACUUCAAAACGCAGGUCAGGAACAGCGAGGUCAAAACCAACGACCAGCAAGAGAAAGGCGGCGUCCGAACUAUCUUGGUGACUAUGUGAUGUAUUAA